GUCAGCGAGCCUGACCACCCGAUCCCGUUAGUUGCCUUUUACGGCGGCGUUCCAGCAUCAACGGUGUCCCCGCCUGUGCCAACAAGAAGCUACUGACAGAUAUAGUCAGAGGGGAGUGGAACUUCACCGGAUACUUAGCAGCAGAUUCUGGAGGUCUCGUCAACAAGAUCCAGAGGCAGCACUACUUCAACAACACCGUCGACGCCGCCGCAGGCUGUCUGAACGCUGGGUGUGGCCUCGAGGUGCAGGAGGGUGAUCUAAGAGUGUAUGACUCUAUCACAUCAACGGUGUCCCCGCCUGUGCCAACAAGAAGCUACUGACAGAUAUAGUCAGAGGGGAGUGGAACUUCACAGAAUACGUAGCAGCAGAUUCUGGAGCUCUCGUCAACAUGAUCCAGAGGCAGCACUACUUCAACAACAGCGUCGACGCCGCCGCAGGCUGUCUGAACGCUGGGUGUGGCCUCGAGGUGCAGGAGGGUGAUCUAAGAGUGUAUGACUCUAUCAUUGAUGCCAUACAUCAGAACAAAGUGUCCGAGGCUUUUGUCCGGGAGCAGAUGAAACCCCUCCUCUACACCAGACUCAGACUCGGAGAGUUCGACCCCCGGGAGAUGAACCCUUACAACUACCUUGACAUUGAUGACGUCGUGCUGAGCUCCACACACCGACAGCUGGCUGUAGAGGCAGCCAUCAAGAGUUUCGUCCUGCUGAAAAAUAUCAAUAGCGUCUUACCUAUCAAGACACGUUAUAACCACAUUGCUGUGGUAGGCCCCAUGGCAAAUGACAGCCAGCAGGUGUUUGGUGACUACGCCCCAAGUCCCGACCCCCGCUAUAUCACCUCCCCCCUGUCCGGACUGGUCGGACCGGGCACUACGGCCACCCACGCUGCCGGCUGCUCCAGCACCUUCUGCACAGACUACAGCAAGACGGAUGUGGUUAAGGCGCUGCAAGGAGCUGACGUGGUGUUCGUGUGUCUAGGAACAGAUCAAAAUCUCAAAGAAAUCGACAUUCAUAAAGACCGACACAAUAUCUCUCUUCCGGGACAGCAACUGCAGCUUCUUCAGGACGUCGUCAGCAACACCGACAAGCCCGUCGUGUUGCUUUUGAUCAACGGCGGCCCCCUCAACAUCGGAUGGGCGACAGCAAACCCACGCGUCGUCGCCAUUUUGGAAUGUUUCUAUCCGGCUCAAGCAGCAGGUGACGCCAUUUUGUCUUCUCUGGCCAACCUUGGGGUGGGGUCUGUGCCAGCCGCCAGACUGCCCUUCACAUGGCCGAGCAGUGAAAGCCAGAUUCCGCCCAUGGUGAACUACUCCAUGGCUGGGCGGACAUACUGGUACUUUGAUGGAGAGCCUGCCUUCCCCUACGGCUACGGCCUGUCGUACACGACGUUCAGAUAUGCUGACUUUACCUGCGACAUCACCGUCAUGGCCGGGGAGGGGCUGUGGUGUAGCGUCACUGUCUACAACACCGGGCCAUAUGACGCUGAUGAGGUCUCCCAGGCCUAUAUGUCGUGGCAAAAUACCUCACUUCCUGUACCCAGAAUUCAACUGGUAGGGUUCACCAGGACAUUCAUUGCGUCCGGUAGGUCGGCGGUCUAUGAGUUCACACUGGACCCCAAGAAGAUGGCUGUGUGGACAGAUAACGAUGGAUGGGCGGUUCUUCCAGGUGCGAUGAACAUCUAUGUUGGAGGCCAGCAGCCCAAUCAGCGGACGUCUGUCGGAUCUAACGUGGAACACAGGCAGUAUCAAAUUAUAGGAACGAAAAUAUUAGGAAAAUAUUAAACUGUCAUGAUCA